AAAUUAGCAACACGCGCAAUGACAAAAGCAAAAGUUAGUUUACUGCAUAACUUUUCUUGGAUCAAAUUAUUAAAAAAAAAAAAAUCAGAUGGAAUUAUAAACAGCAAAGGAAAUCCAAGAAGUGAUGGAACUUCAAUCUACUCUCCACCUAAACCAAAUCUAAUAUGAAACAGAACACAAUAAAAAAACCCUAACCCUAGUUAGCUGUUCAACUCCAUGCAUUUCAUUUCAUUAUCAAAUAAACACAGAAUCAUUUUCAUUGUCAUUACAAAGUGAAAAUUCAGGAGAAAAAAAAAAGAUUUACUGUGUUGAUCUAGAUUUUAUCAUCAAUGGUGUUCAGUCUUCUGAAAGAAAAGAUCCCCAAAUACCCAUUUCCUGAAAUCUUCAAAAUCCAAAUUCAACCCAAAUUUUUUAUCAUCGAUAAACCCAUAUGCUCAAAAUUUACCUAAAAAAAGUUACAAAUUUUGAAGGGCUUAAAGCACUAUUGUUAUGGGAGCUGAAAAGAAAUGGCUUUUCACUCUUUUUUCCGCUACAUUUCUCUCCAUUCUCCUCCUCUUACUUUACUCAAUCUCAUCUUUCAGCUCCCCUAGACCUUUCCCUUCACUGGUACAACAUGGCCUUCAUUAUCCUCCUGCUUUUGGGUACUAUAUAUUUGGUGGAAAAGGUGAUAAAGAUCGGAUCUUUAGGCUACUGCUUGCUAUCUAUCAUCCCAGGAAUCGAUAUUUGUUGCAACUCGGAGCAGAUGCUUCUGAUGAAGAAAGGUAUAGGUUGGCGGUGGCUUUGAAAUCUGUGCCUGCUAUUAGGAGCUUUGGAAAUGUGGAUGUUAUAGGGAAGCCUGAUCGGUUUUCUUAUAUGGGUUCUACGCAUAUUGCUGCCACGUUGCAUGCUGCUGCUGUUUUGAUGAAGGUUGAUCGUGGCUGGGAUUGGUUUAUUGCUUUGAGUGCUUCGGAUUAUCCCUUGGUUACUCAAGACGAUUUGUCCCACGUGUUCUCCUCUGUUAGGAGGGACCUCAAUUUCAUUGAUCAUACUAGUGAUCUUGGGUGGAAAGAAGGUCAACGGAUCCAGCCUAUUGUAGUUGAUCCCGGGCUUUACCUAGCUAGGAGGACCCAAAUCUUUCAUGCGACAGAGAAACGUCAAAUGCCUGAUGCUUUUAAAAUAUUCACAGGUUCCCCAUGGGUUGUCUUAAGUAGAUCCUUUCUGGAAUUUUGCCUUUUUGGGUGGGAUAAUCUUCCCCGAACCCUUCUGAUGUAUUUCAACAAUGUUAUGUUAUCUGAAGAAAGCUAUUUCCAUUCUGUCAUUUGCAAUUCACUGGAGUUCAAGAAUACUACUGUAAACAGUGAUUUAAGAUAUAUGAUCUGGGACAGUCCUCCAAAGAUGGAUCCCCACUUUCUAAACAUUUCCGAUUAUGAUCAAAUGGCUCAAAGUGGAGCAGCAUUUGCAAGGCAGUUUAGAAAAAAUGAUCCCGUGUUGGACAUGGUUGAUGAAAAAAUCCUCAAGCGUGGGCGAUACCAAGCUGCCCCAGGAGCAUGGUGCACUGGCCGGAAGAGCUGGUUGAUGGAUCCCUGCUCACAAUGGGGUGAUGUAAAUGUCUUGAAGCCUGGUCCUCAGGCAAAGAAGUUUGAGGAAACUAUAACGAAUCUUCUUGAUGACUGGAAUUCACAGUCUAAUCAAUGCACAUGAAGGGGUACUAAGAGGUGAAUAUUUCAGAGGCUCAGUUGCCCUUGCAUCUAAAUUUCAUGAAAGAUUCAAAAGAGCACCAUCAGAUGAGAUAUAUUCUUUGGUCUGUCUGCCUAUUUUUUGGGGUUUCGUCUUAUCACAUGCUACCAUAUUUUUUUGUAUGAGAUGCGAGAAUUGAGGUGGAACAAGUGAAUUCACUUAAGGUUUUGCUCUGCGUUGUUGGCUUCAGGGUUAGUAUUUAAUGGUCAAGCCACCCAGAAGUCUACAAUGAUUCAGAGGAUUGCCAUUUGCUUGCUGUUGUUUGUUCUAACCCACCUUUCAUUUGGCACGUUGAUGUUGGAAGCAUUCAUUCAUUAAAAUCUGUUGUAUUGUUAUCAUAGUUCCAUCUCGUGCAUACCAGCAAUAGGACGAUUUUAUAGCAAGAAAUUGUAAGAAAACAGGCUGAGAAAAUCUCUUCUUUUGCUUAGCUAUGUUCAUCCCUCGACCUUUUUCUCGCAUAAUGAAUCCUGAGAGAACUUGAUUUCUUUUCUAUAUAGAGGAAGAAUAUGCUAAAGAAUUUGCAACAUAUAGGCAUAUUAAGGAAGUCAGUGGUGUGGU